CAUGACCUGGGAAAAAUGGCUGCGUUGAGUGCGGAAAACUUUGCAGCACUCCAGAGCCUGCUGAAGGCUUCCUCAAAAGACGUCGUCAGGCAGCUGUGCCAAGAGAGCUUCUCUAGGUCAGCCCUGGGCUCGAAAACACUGUUGGAUGUCACGUGUUCCAGCCUGUCUGUGACCCAGGAGGAGGCGGAGCAACUGCUCCAGGCCCUGCACCGCCUCACCAGGCUGGUGGUGUUUCGUGACCUGGCCUCCGCUGAAGCAGUCCUGGCUCUCUUUCCUGAAAAUUUCCACCAGAACCUCAAAAACCUGCUGACAAGAAUCAUCCUGGAACACAUAUCCACUUGGAGGACUGAAGCCCACGCAGAUCUCAUCUCUCUGCCACGCCUGGUCGACCUGGACUGGAGAGUGGACAUCAAAACCGCCUCCGACAGCAUCAGCCGCAUGGCCGUCCCCACCUGCCUGCUGCAGAUGAAGGUCCAAGAAGAUCCCAGCCUAUGUGGGGACAAACCCCGCGUCUCAGCCGUCACCAUGGAGCUGAGUAAGGAAACGCUGGACACUAUGUUGGACGGGCUGGGCCGCAUCCGAGACCAGCUCUCUGCCAUGGCCAACAAAUGACCCCGGCCAGCUGCCAGCCCCAGCUGCUGUCGGCAGUGGAGCACCUUGAGACCCUGGGUGGGCUGCCCUGGCUGCGGCAGCCGCAGCUGACAGAAGACGGGAUGGCAAGGAUGGAGAGGGGCUGCCGUCCAGACGGCGCAGCCACACUGGGAAGCAGCAGCCACGCCCCCACACGGUUCUCACUCAUCUUCCCUGCCCUCUCUCUGACGCUGCUGUGCAGAAGCCUCCGUCUGUGGGAUGCUCCUGCUCUGUGUGCGGUGAUCACCGAGGUGGCAGGUGAGGGAGGCUUUGCCUCGCCUGCUCCCUCCGCACGUCUGCUGAGAGGGCUGGUCCGAUAAGUUCCUUUCCAGCAUUAGCUCAGAGUAGUUCGUCCCCAGCCCUGGAGCUCGUGGAGGGAGCAGGUGGGUGACGCUAGCUGCUCCUGCUUCUCCGUUGGAGAAACCGGGCGGACCCCACAGAGCAGAGUCACUGCAGUGCACCCACCUGCCCCAAGUCCAGGGCCGCCCCAGCUCCCUCGGCCUGCUGGACUUGGCAGCACCGGAAGUCGGGGGGGCACAUUUCCUUCUUCAUGCAUCUUGGGGCCUCUUGAUAAAUGCAGCCAUUCCAGGAUGAAGAAGUGGGAGGGACUGGGAAUAAAUAGCAGUUCCGAAAAUGUCA